AUGAUCUCCAACAUCUUCUGGGCUGGCCUUGCCCUUGGGCCCACUGUUUUGGGCGCUGCUAUCCCCGACGUCAGGAACAAUGGACUUGUUCAACCCCAGGAGGAUGCUGGCCAGCCUGCUCUCCCCGUCGACUUGCCCUUCGACUUGCCCACCGGUCUCCCUAUCAGGUUGCCCACUGGCUUGCCCAUUGCUUUACCCACUCGCCUUCCUAUCGGGUUGCCCACUGGCUUGCCAAUUGGACUGCCUACUCGUCUUCCUAUCGGCUUGCCUACACGACUCCCUAUUGGGUUGCCUACUGGCUUGCCAAUUGGUCUACCCACUCGUCUUCCUAUUGGGUUGCCUACUGGGUUGCCUACUGGCUUGCCUACUGGCUUGCCUACUGGCUUGCCCACCGGUCUCCCUAUCGACCUGCCAACUGAUUUGCCCACUGCUUUGCCGACUGGUCUUCCUACCGACCUGCCUACUGGCCUCCAGAUCGACUUGUCAACUGCUUUGCCGACUGAUCUUCCGGCCGACCACCCCACUGGCCUCCCGAUCGACUUGUCAACUGAUUUGCCCACCGAUCUCCCUGUUGACUUGCCCACUGCGUUGCCGACUGAUCUUCCGGCCGACCACCCCACUGGUCUCCCUACUGACUUGCCGACUGAUUUGCCCACUGGCCUCCCUACCGGUUUGCCGUAUCCGCCAGGCACCGGCUUGUCGUUUCCGCCGACCGGCGUGCCUACCCAUCUGCCUGCCCCGCCCACUGGCCGACCUGUACCCCCGACCGGUCGCCCCCGGCCUCCGAUGGGCCACCCUCGUCCUCCGGUAGGUCGGCCCCGGCCCCCGAUCGGUCGCCCUCAGCCACCGCGGCCGUCCACGGAUAGCACUCUGCACCCGCCUAUGCCGACUGCUACUUCGCCUCCCUCAGCGGGCGCCCCGCGUCCUCCCAGGCCGACCGGUCCUCCUCACCCUCCCGUGUCUCCCACGUUUUCGGAACCUCCCGUCGCCACCCCGACCGUUGCGGUGCCGUCCGAGGUGCCUACUUACGACUAUUGA